CAAAGCCAUCUAAGCAAAUUAUACAACAAUGGCGCCUUCUAGCAAUUGCUCAAUCCUCUUCGUGAUCAUAGCAUUAUUGUCCUUAUCAAGCAUCACCACAAGUCAUGCUGCUCGUAGCCUACUUCAACUUCCAAACUUGCCAACGAUCCCCUCGUUGCCUCAGCCAACAAUGCCACAAUUACCCACUAUUCCCAAUUUACCAACAGCAACCACAUUGCCACCAUUGCCAAGCAUUACAUCUUUGCCUACACUUCCAACAACUAAUACGCCAUUGCCAUCUUUGCCUACGUUGCCCUCUGUCCCGAAAAUGACUCUGCCUCCAAUGCCUGCCAAUAUUCCUCUUCCCAACAUGCCAUCACUUCCAAACAUUCCCACAAUUCCAACACUUUCACCUCCUCCAUCCAACUAACCUCGCGAUUUCCCACAUUUUACCUUUCUUACCACAUUGGUCUCUACCAUUUGAUGUUUUUCCUGUUCUUUUUUCAUUUGUAAUGCCGCAUCUUAUCAUUUGUACUCUAUAUAUAUGGGUGUUGUGUGUUGAUUAUACAGAAAAAAAGACUUAGUAUUACUGCGAUGCAGUGUUUAUUCUCUUCCGUUA